UAAAAUCUGUUGCUUCUAGCUACAAGUCAAAGCCGGAGGGCCGUCAACAGCUUGCAAGUUGCAACCCAUAAACAUAUAACAAAAUAAGAGAAUUACAGAUUUCCCAGUCUUUGACCCGUUGCAUUGAAUCUCCAGAUAUAAACUGGGAUUCAUGCUGGAUUUUUAUCAGAAGCUUGAAAUUCAAGGAUCUUUGAUUCUGGUUUGUCUUUUGUCUAAGUUUCUGGGUGCUGAACUCUAAAAGCGGGUACCUUUUUGGAUUUGUUCUUGCAAAGCUGGUCUUUAAUCUUCAGGAAUCUGACUCUACAAUCGAUCAAGUCUCAGCAAUUAUAUUUUUGUUGGUGUGGCAAAGUUGUUCUCUUUAGUGGGUCUGUAUGAUUUUGGAGAAUUUGAGUUAGAGGUGUAAGUUGCAGAAAAUGGCUGGUGGGAGAAGAAGGAAGCAUCAUUUUGGCAGAAUCCAUGACUCCUCACGUGGGAAGGCUUCAGAAAGAGGGGAACACUCACUGAUUGGUAGUCCUGGCUUCUCAAGGAUAGUAUAUAGCAACCACCCUGAAUGCAUUGAGGCCAGUGCCAUCAAUUAUGGCAGCAAUUAUGUCAGUACUACCAAAUAUACGCUUGCCACGUUCUUCCCCAAAUCAUUGUUUGAGCAAUUCAGGCGAGUUGCAAAUCUGUAUUUUCUCAUCUGUGCAAUACUGUCUUUCACACCACUGUCUCCAUAUACGGCUCUUAGUAGUGUUCUUCCUCUUGUUGUGGUGAUUGGAGUUACAAUGGGAAAAGAGGUGCUUGAAGAUUGGAGGCGAAAAAAGCAGGAUAUUGAGAUGAACAACAGAAAGGUUCAAGUGCAUCAUGGCGAUGGCAUAUUUGAUAACGCUAAGUGGAUGGAUUUGAAAGUUGGAGAUAUAGUGAAGGUGCAAAAGGAUGAAUUUUUUCCUGCUGAUCUCAUCUUGCUUUCUUCAAGUUAUGAGGAAGCAAUUUGCUAUGUUGAGACCAUGAACCUCGAUGGAGAAACCAAUUUGAAACUGAAACAAGCCUUAGAUGCAACUUCAAACUUUCAUGAAGACUUGAGCUUCCAAAAUUUCAAGGCUAUAAUAAAAUGCGAAGACCCAAAUGCAAAUUUGUACUCUUUUGUAGGUGGUUUGCAGCUUGAGGAAGAACAGUAUCCUCUUACACCUCAGCAGCUUCUGCUUAGGGACUCAAAACUUCGAAACACAGAUUUUAUUUAUGGGGUGGUUAUCUUUACAGGUCACGAUACAAAGGUUAUGCAAAAUUCAACAGCUCCUCCUUCCAAGAGAAGCAAAAUUGAGAAAAGGAUGGAUAAGAUUGUCUACUUCUUGUUUUUUGUCCUAGUGGUGAUGUCCUUUAUUGGGUCGAUUUUCUUUGGGAUUUCAACUAGAGAGGACCUCGAAAAUGGAAGGAUGACAAGAUGGUACCUUAGACCAGAUGACACUACAAUAUACUAUGACCCAAAGAGAGCACCAGUUGCAGCAAUUUUGCACUUUUUGACUGCCCUUAUGUUAUAUAGUUAUUUGAUUCCUAUCUCCUUAUAUGUUUCAAUAGAAAUAGUCAAAGUUCUUCAAACUGUCUUUAUCAAUCAAGAUCUGCACAUGUACUAUGAGGAAGCCGACAAGCCAGCACAUGCACGUACCUCAAAUUUGAAUGAAGAACUUGGCCAAGUUGACACUAUAUUUUCUGAUAAGACUGGAACUCUGACAUGCAACUCAAUGGAAUUCAUCAAGUGUUCUGUGGCUGGGACUGCUUAUGGGCGUGGAGUUACAGAAGUUGAGAGAGCUCUGUCUGGUAGUAAAGGGUUACCUUUAGCUCAAGAGGUGACAGAUGAAGAGGGCCGGGUUGAGGAUUCCAGUGAAGAAAGGACAUCCAUUAAAGGGUAUAACUUUGUUGAUGAAAGAGUCACAAAUGGCAAUUGGGUCAAUGAACCUCGUGCAGAUGUAAUUCAGAAAUUUUUAAGGCUACUCGCCAUCUGCCAUACUGCCAUACCUGAUGUUGAUGAAGAAACAGGAAGAAUUUCUUAUGAGGCCGAAUCACCAGAUGAGGCUGCUUUUGUGAUCGCAGCAAGAGAACUGGGGUUUGAAUUUUAUGAGAGGACUCAAACAAGCAUCUCACUUCAUGAAUUUGAUCCCAUCUCUGGCACGAAAGUUGAAAGAUCUUAUGAACUUUUGAAUAUCCUGGAGUUUAGCAGCUCAAGAAAGCGAAUGUCUGUGAUUGUAAGAAACAAGGAUGGAAAGCUACUACUACUUUGUAAAGGUGCUGACAGUGUCAUUUUUGAAAGACUUGCAAAGAAUGGAAGUGAAUUUGAAGAGAAGACUAAAGAGCACAUUAAUGAGUAUGCUGAUGCUGGUUUGAGGACACUGGUACUUGCAUACCGUGAACUGGAUGAAGAAGAAUACAAGGAGUUCAACAGGGAACUUACUGAGGCCAAGAACUCAGUGAGUGCAGAUCGUGAGGAAAUGAUCGAGGAAGUGGGAGAAAAGAUUGAGAGGGAUUUGAUUCUUCUCGGUGCUACUGCUGUUGAAGACAAACUUCAAAAUGGGGUUCCUGAAUGCAUUGACAAGCUUGCACAGGCUGGAAUCAAGAUAUGGGUUUUGACUGGAGAUAAAAUGGAGACUGCAAUCAAUAUUGGCUUUGCCUGUAGUUUGCUUAGACAAGGAAUGAGGCAAAUUGUAAUCAGCUCAGAGACACCAGAAAUCAAAGCACUGGAGAAAGCUGGGGACAGCUCUGCUGUUGCUACGGAAUUUAAGGCAAAAGUUCUACACCAGAUUAGUGGGGGACUGGAACUGCUUGCCACGUCAAGUGAAAACUCAGAAGCAUUGGCUUUGAUCAUUGAUGGGAAGUCACUCACCUGUGCUUUAGAUGAUGAUGUCAAGGACAUGUUUUUAGAGCUUGCCCUUGGCUGUGCAUCGGUUAUCUGCUGUCGUUCUUCUCCCAAACAAAAAGCACUUGUUACUAGACUGGUCAAAAUUAGAACAGGCAGCACGACUCUGGCAAUUGGUGAUGGAGCAAAUGAUGUUGGAAUGCUUCAAGAAGCAGAUAUUGGAAUUGGUAUCAGUGGCGUUGAGGGAAUGCAGGCCGUCAUGUCAAGUGACAUUGCAAUUGCUCAGUUCCGAUAUUUGGAGCGCUUGCUUCUUGUGCAUGGACAUUGGUGUUACAGAAGAAUCUCAUCAAUGAUAUGCUAUUUCUUUUACAAGAACAUUGCUUUUGGCUUCACUCUCUUCUUUUUUGAGGCAUAUGCAUCAUUCUCGGGCCAAACUGUAUACAAUGACUGGUAUCUGUCACUAUAUAAUGUCUUCUUCACAUCACUUCCUGUGAUAGCCUUGGGAGUGUUUGACCAGGAUGUCUCCUCACGGCUUUGUCUCAAGUUCCCUCUGUUGUACCAAGAAGGUGUACAAAACGUCCUAUUUAGCUGGUCUCGAAUCCUUGGCUGGGCAUUUAAUGGGGUGCUGAGUGCUACUUUGAUCUUCUUCUUUUGUAUCCGCGCAAUGGAGCAUCAAGCCUUCCGUAAAGGUGGUGAAGUUGUUGGAUUGGAAAUCCUUGGAACGACUAUGUACACAUGCGUCGUGUGGGUGGUGAACUGUCAGAUGGCACUAUCCAUCAGCUAUUUCACAUAUAUACAACAUAUCUUAAUUUGGGGUGGCUCUAUAUUCUGGUAUUUAUUCCUUUUGGCGUAUGGAGCAAUGGACCCCAACAUAUCAACAACUGCCUACAAGGUCUUUAUUGAAGCCUGUGCACCAGCCCCCCUUUACUGGCUCCUCACACUGUUUGUGCUACUCUCUUCUCUCGUCCCAUAUAUCACUUAUGCUGCCAUCCAACUGCGGUUUUUCCCCAUGUAUCAUCAGAUGAUACAGUGGAUAAGAACAGAUGGGCAAUCAGAUGACCCUGAAUACUGUCAUAUGGUGCGGCAGAGAUCGUUAAGGACAACAACGGUAGGGUAUACAGCCCGUAUCGAGGCAACAUCCAAACGCUUUCAAGAGAAGCCUGAGGGCCAUUGAUGAGGUAUUUUUGUGAAGGUUCUUAGCAAAGAUAGGUGUAGACUUGUUGCGAAGACGGAUUUCUUUUCAAUGUAUAUAACUAAACGUGAGAUGGGUCUUUAAGUUGCAUUACUUGACAGGAAACGAGUCAUAGGUGAUAUUUAAGUGAAGUCAUGCACACAUGUCCACAAGUUUUUUGGUUAGGACAAUUUUCUAUUUCUUUAAGCUCAGAAACUUAAAUUUACGAUGUUUUGGGAGCUUUCAGACUAUAUGUAAUCUUAUGUCAUUCCUGUAUCAUGCAA